AUGGACUCUAUCGAUCAAACUGAACUUGCAAACUUAAAUGAAGCUUCUAAAAAAGAGUUAACAACUUUUAUUGAAGCUGAGAAUUCAAAACAAAAAGUACAAAUGUCUAUUCAUAAUUUUACUAACACAUGUUUUAAACAAUGUGUCACCUCUAUCAAUGGUCCUGAUUUAGAUAAUAAUGAAGAACAAUGCUUAGCCAAUUGUGUUAACAGAUUUUUGGAUACCAAUAUUAGAAUUGUAAAGGGUCUUCAAAGUAUGCAAUAA